GUUUAUUGUUUAUUUUCCUCCCGGCAAUUACGCCCGCCGUACCGAGUAGUCGGUGGUUGUAUAAAAAUACAUAUUAAGAACAUACAUACUCUGCUAGAGUUUUCCCACAAGGCGGAGGCAGCUGUAAGGAAGAGGGAGACGAAAAUUGCACAAAACAAAAACAAGUAAAAUCGAAAACAAACGAAAAAUCGGAGCUUACAUCGGGGCCAGACGUAGCUGAUCGCUAACAGACGUGUGAACUGGUAGCUUGGAAUCGGUGUAACUCGGGCAGAAGGUUUAUUUCGCAAGGAAGCAUAAUCGUCGUUGAGGAUAAUUUUUUGUUGUACGGGAACGCAGAUCGUCUUCCGGCACAGUUAUGUCACACGUAGUUAUUGGUGGCGGAACCGGAUUCAUCGGUCGCCGGUUGGUAAAAACGCUGCUAGCCGAAGGUUAUGAAGUGACCACAAUCUCGCGCAUGCCCGGUCCCAAACACAUCAGCUGGCACGAGCUGGAAAAGGACGGCCUACCGAACGGGACGACGGCCGUCGUCAACCUGGCCGGCCAGAAUGUGCUCGAUCCGACGCGCCGCUGGACACCCGGCUUCAAGCAAAACGUGUGGAACUCGCGCAUCAACACGACAGCCGCCUGCGCUCGGGCGAUCGAGCGGGCCACGGUUAAGCCGAGCGUUUUUGUCAACAUUAGCGGCGUAAGCCACUAUGCACCGGGCAGCCAAAAGCACACGGAACUGUCGAAGGUGUCCGAUUACGAUUUUAUGUCCCGGCUUUGCAUCGAAUGGGAACGGGCGGCGUCGCUUUCGGACAAUUCCAUCUGCCGGUUGGUGCGUGUACGGAGCGGUGUUGUGCUCGGGCGUGAAGGUGGCAUGAUUCAGUCACUCAUACUACCGUUCUGGUUCGGACUCGGUGGUCCGGUCGGUGAUGGGCGCCAUGAUCUGCCCUGGAUACAUGUGGAGGAUCUGUGCGGUUUGAUACGGUUCGCUAUCGAACGGCCGGAAGUGAACGGUGUGCUGAACGGUGUCGCACCGGAACUGUCCACCAAUGCGGACUUUACGAAAGCGUUCGCUUCCGCCCUGGUACGACCCGCCUUCUUCCCGAUGCCCCUGUUCGCGCUGAAUCUCAUCUUCGCGGAGGAGCGUGCGGUACUGUUGACGAACGGUGCGAAGGUGGUGCCACAGCGAGUGCUCGAGUAUGGGUUCCAGUACCGGUACCCGGAUCUACAGUCCGCCUGCAAGGAAGUGGCUCACCUGUUCUAAAUGCUCGCGCGCGAUUGGUUUUAGUUUAAUCAUGUUCACUUCAUCCGUUCCGGGUUUCCUUCUAUUUAUCAAAUGCAUCCCCAACAACCAACCAGAUUUUUUUAAUUGCCGCGAAAGUUUAUUAACGCCCUUGCUAUGCGAUGGUGUGUAAUAAACGGAAUCCUGAUACCCGUUA